GUAUUCGGGGUGGAGGGGAAGCUUCAAAAAUACUAACAAUUUGACGACGGUGAUGAUGAUCAUACAGAAAAUGAUCACGUGUGGAAAAACUGGAUGUUUGUUUAAAUGAUCGCAAUUUAUAGCCUCCAACUGGAAGGGAGGGGAGAGUAAAAACUUCCAUGAAAAGCAGCAGUCUCUUAUUUUCUGGAUCAAGCAGGAGGGACGGAUCAUGGAGGGACCCCCUCAUGUUGACAAGUACAUAGUCAUCUUUAAGUAUUCCAGACUCCACAAGAGACACUUUAUGCAGACAUAUACAGUUAUUCCAUGAAGUGUGCUGGUGAAAGCUGGGCAAGAAUCUCUACCUCACCGGGAGAGCAACUGCUGUAGCGUUUCCUAUUCAUCAUCAUCCUCCUCAGCAGCAGCAGCAUCAUCAUCAGCAUCAUCAUCGUCAGUGCGAGCGGCACGCAUCUCACUUGCUCCACAUCCUCGGGGCCACGAGAGCGCCAGGGCGCAAAGAUGAACAUCCAAGUCCUGCCUGAGCACAAACUGUCCUCAGUGGCCCCGUUGAAACAGUUUAACGUGGAGAAAAAGGAAGUGGAGCUGAUCCUGGUGAAGGAGCAGAACGGGGUCCAGUACACGAACUCCUCUGUCGUGGCCUCUCCGAGCUCCCACGGCUGCACCCCCGGCUCCGGUGAGGAUGUGGAAAGGGAGACAUGGGGCAAGAAACUGGACUUUCUACUCUCAGUCAUAGGCUUUGCUGUGGACUUGGCCAAUGUCUGGAGGUUCCCCUACCUGUGUUACAAAAAUGGAGGAGGUGCCUUUUUGAUCCCAUACAUUCUGUUCCUGUUUAUUGCUGGGAUGCCUCUGUUUUACAUGGAACUUGCCCUUGGCCAGUAUAACAGAGAGGGAGCAGCCACUGUUUGGAAGAUCUGCCCUGUAUUUAAAGGCGUGGGCUACACUGUGAUCGUCAUAGCAUUGUAUGUGGGCUUUUACUACAACGUCAUCAUAGCCUGGUCUCUGUAUUACUUAUUUGCUUCAUUGACGAGUGAGCUGCCCUGGCUCAAUUGUGAUAACCCGUGGAACAGCCCCAACUGCACAAAUCUAAAGCUGCUCAAUGCCACCUUCUUGGGUAAUGGAACCUCCUAUGCCAAGUACAAGAACACACCGGCUGCAGAGUUCUACGAGCGCGGAGUGCUGCACAUUCAUGAGAGUAAAGGCAUCGAUGACCUAGGUCUUCCUCGCUGGGAGCUCUGCCUCUGCCUUAUUGUGGUCGUCUUUAUCCUCUACUUCAGCCUGUGGAAGGGAGUCAAAUCCUCUGGAAAGGUGGUGUAUAUUACAGCUACUAUGCCCUACAUAGUGUUGUUGGUGUUGCUGAUUCGAGGCAUAACUCUCCCUGGUGCAAUGAAUGGAAUUAGGGCAUAUCUCCACAUUGACUUAAAGAAGCUCAAUAACCCUCAAGUAUGGAUUGAUGCAGCUACUCAGAUUUUCUAUUCUCUAGGAGCUGGGUUUGGAGUCCUUAUUGCCUUCGCUAGCUACAAUAAAUUCGACAAUAACUGCUACAGGGAUGCUCUUCUGACCAGCACAAUAAACUGCAUAACCAGUUUCUUCUCAGGAUUUGCCAUCUUCUCAGUACUGGGGUAUAUGGCUGACCAGCAUGGUGUCAACAUAAAGGAUGUGGCCACUGAGGGAGCUGGACUGGUGUUUAUUAUCUAUCCAGAAGCGAUUUCAACUCUACCUGGAUCUACAUUCUUCGCGAUAGUCUUUUUCAUUAUGCUUCUGACUCUUGGGAUUGACAGCUCUAUGGGUGGCAUGGAAGCAGUAAUCACUGGGCUCUCAGAUGACUUCAAAAUCCUCAAGAGGAAUAGAAAGAUAUUUACGUUUGCUACAGCAUUUGGGACAUUCCUAGUAGCCCUUCUGUGCGUCACAAAUGGAGGGAUCUAUGUGUUGACCUUGUUGGACAAGUAUGCAGCAGGGACAUCCAUUCUAUUUGGGGUGCUGAUUGAGGCCAUUGGAGUAUCUUGGUUCUAUGGUGUGGACAGAUUUAGUGAGGACAUUGAACGCAUGAUGGGCUUCAAACCAGGAAUCUACUGGAGGCUCUGUUGGAAGUUUGUCAGUCCAGCAUUCUUAUUGUUUGUGGUGAUCGCCAGCAUUGUUACCUCCGGCGACCUGAAAUAUGAUGAUUAUACUUUCCCUUACUGGUCCAAUAUUGUGGGCUGGUCCAUAGCCUUGUCCUCUAUGCUGUUUGUACCCAUCUACGCCAUCUACAAAUUCCUUAGUGUGCCAGGCACAUUAAAAGAGAGGAUAGCGUACUGCAUUACUCCAGAACAUGAACAUCACAUGGUGGCUGAGGGUAAUGUCAGACAGUUCAAGCUCAGACAUUGGUUAUCCAUCUGAUGAAGGGGUCAGGUGGGAGUUCCCUCUCAAAUGCUACUUGAAUGCUGGAGAAGAAAUGGUGUGUGUGAGAAAGAAAGGUUUCUGCAAAGGUCUCUUACUGAAUGAAAAGUGUCGCCUGAGAAAAGGACAGAAUGAAGCGAUGGCUUUGUGCGUUUCCCAUCCAGUACAGUUACUGUCCAGUCUACUCCAUUUGUGUUCAGUGGUUGACUUGGCUUUUUUAUAUUGUCAGGCAAAAUAAAUGUUGUGCCUGUA